AUGCAUUCACUGAUUUUUACUUCACUUGUCGUACUAUCGACAUGUUCCACUCUGCUUUCUUGUGUCCGUGGAGAAAUGAACGACACAUUAAGAAACUUGUUACUAUCUCUGCAUAACAAUGCAAGAGAAGCAGCAAGACUUGGUCUUCUCAAAGGACAACCGAAAGCCAUUUCCAUGAAACCAGUGCGAUACAAUUUGGACUUGGAAGAGAAAGCACAAGAUUUAGCUGAUGAAUGCCGUAUUGGACAUGAUACAGCUUGGAGGCGAAGAACAUCACCAUUUCGCUAUGUUGGACAAAAUUGGGCUGGUGCACAAACAGUGGAACUUGGUUUCAAUUCAUGGCUGGAUCAACAUAAGAAUUACAAUUAUUUUCAAAACUAUUGUCUCAUUGGUCGAUGUGGUGACUAUACACAGAUUGUCUGGGAACAAACAAGAGAUAUUGGAUGUGGUGUUGCUGAGUGCCCGGAUUUUCAGUAUGCACUAAGUAUUGUAUGCAAUUAUGGCCCAGGGGGUAACCAAGUGGCCAGACCACCAUAUAGAACAAAUCAAAAACCGAAAACAACAACGAUCGCUACGCGACGCCGGAGGAAAACAACUAAAACACCACUAACGAUAAACUACCAAAAAAUAACUAAUUCUAAUCAAGACCAAGGACUAAACAUGACGACAACAACAAACAACGCACAAAACACAAUACAAAAACAUCAGAAAACUACAACAACCGACAAUCCAGCAACAACAGCAACCAGAACCACACAAAAUACUAUCAGGUCGACCAAUAAGAAUACAAUGAAAACAACAGAAAAGACAACGAGAACGAAAAAGAAAGCAGACAAGAAAAAAAAACUAUCCAACAGAAGAAAGACACAAAAACAAACACUUACACAACAAACCACAAAGAAGAAACAGAAAGAAAACUCAAUCAAACAAAAAUUACCACCACAACCACCAUGA